AUGAGAAUCUUAUCUAUCGCCUUCAUUUUUGCUUUUAUCCAGGUUGCUUUUGCUGCUCCUCUAGAUGCUCUUGUUGCUAGAGGUAUUGUUAAACCUUCUGAUGAUUCUUUCUAUUCGCCAAAGGAUGGAUACGAAAAGCUUAAGGUAGGUGAAAUCAUUAACUGGAGGAAAAUGACAAACGCAUAUGGCAUUGCAAUCGUCAAAGAAAGAAUAGAUUCUGCAUACCAGUUAUUGGUCCGGUCUGAAGACUCUUUCGGAAACCCAAAUGCUAUUGUGACAACUGUUCUUAUUCCAUACAACGUUGAUAACACUAAAAUCUUAUCCUACCAAGCUGCUGUUGAUACCCCAAAUCCUGAUUGUGCUCCUUCGUAUGCUUUGCAACUUGGAUCAGAUCCAUCUACUUGGAUCACUACUCAGAUCGAACAAGUUCUCUCUGUGGCUGGUUUGUACGAAGGUUGGAUUGUUGUUAUUCCUGAUUUCUUGGGUCCCAAGGGUGCAUUCGGUGUUGGUUUACAAGCUGCCCAUGCUACUUUAAACUCUUUAAAAGCCGUUGUUUCAUCUAAUGCUAUCACCGGAGCUAGCAAGGAUGCUCAAAUUGCUCUUUGGGGUUACUCUGGUGGAACUCAACCUUCACUCUGGGCUGCUGCUUUGGCUUCCACCUAUGCACCUGAAUUGAAUAUCAUUGGAGCUGCUGUGGGUGGACUUCUCAUUGACUUAGAACAUGUUGCCACUACUGCCAUGAAGUUCCCAUUUGCCGGUCUAGUCAUUAAUGCCAUCAACGGUCUUGCCAAUGAAUACCCGGACUUAUUGCAAUAUGUUAAGAAGAUCAUUUACCCAGCUAUCGAAACGAAGUUCUUCAGCGUUACGAAACAAUGUUUGAUACCAAGUGCUUUGAGUAACCUCUUCACAAACUGGAAUCAACUCACUUCAUUAGGAGUUAAUGUUUUACAACAACCAGUUGUGAAGAAUGUCACUAGUCUUAAUAACAUGCUCAACUUGAACGCAAAACCAACUAUCCCUUUGUUUUUUUACAAUGCUAAAUUGGAUGAAAUUGUUCCUGCUACUGAUGCAGACAAAUUAUUCGCAAAGUGGUGUGCCCAAGGUGUUAGUAUUCAGUACAACCAAGAUUUACUCAGUGGACACAUUACUCAAGCCAUUUUUGGUUCUGGUAGUGCCUUCACUUGGAUCAAGGAUAGAUUCAAAGGUAAAAGUCAAACCGGUUGCAAAAAGAGGCCCACAAUUUCAAACGCGUUGAACUUCGAAUCUCUUCUUGGAUUCAAUAAUAUUAUUAGCAGUGCUCUUAAGACUCUCUUCUUCCAAGCAGUUGGCCCACAGUCACAGCUUUCCUCGCAGCUUGGUUCCUUUGCAGACCUCCCAGCCAAGGGUAAUGACACUACUGAGGCUACUAGAACUAUUGUCCAAGGCAUUGCCACCAGUUUUGCUCAAUCGGACAUCGAUGCAGUUGCUUCUGGUGAUGCUAUUUUGGUCAAUGCACCAACCAGUGCUGCUUAA